AUGAAUUCCACUACAAUCACUUUGACAAUUUAUCUUGCUAACAUUCAAAUUCAAAUUAUUCGUUAUUUACUCAGUGUAACAUUGAUUAUUGGAAAUUUGAGCAAUAUUACCAAUAUUUUAAUUUUUUCCCAAGACUCGCUCAGAACUCAUAUCUGUUCAUGGUACUUUAUUGGUUCAUCGAUUGGUCAUCUUCUCUAUCUCAAUACGGGAUGUUUAACGCGAGUUGUUUGGGCAUGGACACAAUAUGAUCUCAGUUCCAUCUCACUUGCAUUUUGUAAAACUCGAAUUUAUUUUGUAUUGCUUGGUCUUACUAUUUCUCGCUAUUUAUUCUGCUUAAUUUCUAUUGAUCGUUGGAUGAUUACUUCGAGAAAUAUUAGUAUUCGUCGUCUAAGUUCACUUAAAGUAAUUCGACGAUCAAUUAUAGCAGGCACUUCAUUUCUAAUUAUUAUUAAUAUAUUUAUAUCUAUUGGAUAUGUUAUUAACAAGAAUGGAAGCUGUGGGCCAUCGACAGAGCCAGCAUAUUUUUUAUUUUAUACAAUUUACAAUGUUACUUUGUCUCUUGCUCCUCUAUUCACCUUAGUUAUAUUUAGUGUACUUGUUCUUUUCAACAUUCGACAUACUGCUCAUCAUCAAGUAUCUCCGACUACCCUAAUGACUUUAAACCAUGAAAUACAACAUCUUAGACGACGCUUUCGUAAGAAAGAUAUUCAAUUCAUCAAGUUAUCUCUUAUACAAGUAGCUGCUUAUAUUGUUUUCAAUACACUUCAUGGUUACAAUACAAUUUGUGAAGUUAUUACACGAAACCAAAUUAAAAAUGCUGAACAACAAGCCAUUGAAGGAUUUUUGAGUGGAAUGGGUUUGAAUCUUCAUUACGUCUAUACAGGAAUUACUUUCUUUCUUUAUACAUUGGCAUCUGUAACAUUUCGAAAAGAAUGUAUUCUAUUUUGGAAACGAAGAUUCGAACGGCUGUUACAUUUAAACUUUUCUCGAUCUAAUCAUUAA